CUCAACCCUAGCGGUGGUUCUCACAUGGAAAAAUACCAUACGUACAUUCAUAAUUUAAAUAAUUUCCAAACGAUUCUUCCUCCUCCCAUCUCUAGGAAUCCAUGGAAGCUCUGUGGAAUUUAGAAGACAAAUGGAAGCUCUCAACGCAACAAGCCUUCAUUCUCUUAACGUGCACGGCUUUCGCCGUCCUAGGGUUUUGCGCGGCGGCGUGGGCGAAACAGAGGAAGUGCGAGAAGACAGAGCGCCGACAGACGAAGGCGGUGGAGAGGUGGUGGUGGAAGGGGGCAGCGGAUACGCGGAAGGUGAGCGGCGGCGGAGAGACGCCGGUGCGGCUGUUGGGCGGCGAAGGGGAAGGGGAAGAUUUCGGAAGCCGGAAUUCGACGGCGGCGGUGUGGCAACGGCCGAUUUUAAUGGGGGAAAAGUGUGAGAUGCUGAAAUACAGUGGGCUUAUUCUGUACGACGAAAGG